AUGGCUAUCUUACUCUGUUUCUUCUUGGUUUUGCUUCUAACUCUUGUAUCAUCAAUAUUUCUUAAAAAGAUGACAAACUCAAAGUUUAAUCUUCCUCCGAGCCCUUCAAGUCUUCCAAUAAUUGGAAACUUACACCAUCUUGCAGGAUUGCCUCACAGAUGUUUUCAUAACCUCUCCAAGAAAUACGGACCAGUGAUGCUUCUCCGUCUCGGUUCGGUUCCAGUGGUUAUUAUCACAUCGAGUGAAGCAGCUGAAGCAGUUCUCAAAACUCAUGACCUGGAAUGUUGUAGCCGACCAAAGACGUUGGGGACCGGAAAACUAUCUUACGGCUUCAAAGACAUCGCUCUCUCGCAGUACGGUGCGUAUUGGCGGGAAAUGCGAAAACUCGCGGUGAUCGAGCUUUUUAGCCUUAAAAGGGUUCAAUCCUUUAGGUAUAUCAGAGAGGAAGAGAUUGGACUUGUGGUGAAGAAAGUGUCUGAAUCGGCUUUGACACAGUCUCCUGUAGACUUAAGCAAAACCUUUUUCUCACUCACCGCAAGUAUCAUUUGCAGAGUAGCUUUAGGACAGAACUUCAACGAGGAUGGCUUUGUUAUCGAUCAAGAAAGGAUCGAAGAACUUAUUACCGAAGCAACCAUAGCUAUAGGGGCUUUCACAUUCUCUGACUUCUUCCCUGGUGCACUUGGAAGAUUCCUAGAUUUGUUGUUUCAGCGACAUAAGAAGAUCAACAAAGUCUUUGAAGAGCUUGAUGCUUUUUAUCAGCAUGUGAUUGAUGACCACUUGAAGCCAGAAGGAAGGAAAGAUCCAGACAUCGUUUCCUUGAUGUUGGAUAUGAUUGAUAAACAAGGAAAUGAAGAUUCUUUCAAACUCAGUAUUGAUAAUGUCAAGGCUAUCCUCAUGAAUGUAUUUCUUGCGGGGAUAGAUACAAGCGCUGUAACAAUGAUUUGGGCGAUGUCAGAACUCGUUAGAAACCCUAGAGCAAUGAAGAAAGCUCAGGAAAUGAUUAGAAGCACCCUUGGGGACAAAAGGGAAAUAAUCACAGAAGAUGAUCUAGGCAAAGUUGAUUACUUGAAGCUCAUAAUCAAGGAAACAUUCAGACUACAUCCAGCACUUCCAUUUAUACUUCCAAGAGAAACAAUGUCUCACGUCAAGAUCCAAGGCUACGAUAUUCCCCCGAAGACGCAAAUUCAAAUUAACGUAUGGACAAUCGGACGUGACCCCGAGCGUUGGACCGACCCUGAAGAUUUCAUCCCUGAACGGUUUACGGAUAGCUCUGUAGAUUUCAGAGGACAACAUUUUGAGCUGUUACCGUUUGGUUCUGGUCGGAGGAUGUGUCCAGCGAUGCCAAUGGGGGUUGCUACCGUGGAGCUAGGAUUGAUGAAUCUGCUUUACUUUUUCGAUUGGGCAUUGCCUGAUGGGAUGAACUUUGGAGACAUUGAUAUGGAAGAAGCUGGUAAUAUCUCCAUUGUCAAAAAAGUACCUCUUCAACUUGUGCCCUUUCAACGUUAUCGAUGUGGAGACUAAAAAGGUUGAUACCAUGGAAAAGUUCACGAGCAGGCAAUGUACGAUUUCUUAGAUAUUGUUGCGUUAUGUUUCUUUUGAAAAAAAAUAUUGUUGUUUAUGUAAGAAGUGAUAUUUGAACAAAAA